AUGACCACCCCACCAUCACAACCAAUCCCAACCCCCACCGCAACCGAAGACUGGCUCCUCCUCCUCCUCGGCGACUCGGCCCUACCCACCGGCGGCUUCGUCGCAUCAGGCGGUCUCGAAGCCGCCAAGCAGGCCGGGCACGUCUCCGACGCGACGCAGCUGAGGGGGUUCAUGCGUGAUGCUGUGCAUACGUAUGCGUUUGGGGGGGUGCCGAUUGUUAGGGAGGCAUGGGGGGUUAUGGCUGGAGAGGGAGAGGGGGAGGGGAGGGGCGAGCGGGAAAAGAUAGUCGAACUAGACGGUGACCACGACACACUAAUCGGGACAAACCACGUUGCGCGAAAAGCAUCCCGAGCCCAAGGCGCAGCCUUCCUCACCUUGCUGAUGCGCGGGUUCCCCUCCGAACGCGGCGUAGAGAUCGUCAAAGCGUUCAAGACAGAAGUCAGGGCGUCGCGAUCCCCCGGCCACCUCGCCGUCUGUUUCGGAAUUGUUUGCUGGUCGCUUGGUAUAUCACUAGAACGCACGGAACAUCUGUUCUUAUUCCUGCACGUGCGCUCGCUCCUCUCCGCCGCGAUCCGCCUCAAUCUCGUCGGACCUUACCAGGGCCAGCAGAUGCUGCUCGCAGCGCAGGCGGAUGUGGCGGAGGUGUUGAGGCUUGUGAGGGAGAAGAUGGAAUUGGAUGAGCAGCAAGGGGGAAAGUAUGACCGCCAUGAUAGUACGGACGACGGUAUGACCGGAGGUGUGGUUGAGAAUGAGGAUGAUGCGGACUUGCGACAUCAUCGGCUAGCCACCACAACGGCGUGCCAGACCUCGCCUGUCGUGGAUAUAUUGCAGGGGCUACAUAGCCAACUGUAUUCGCGGAUGUUCAAUAGUUAG